AUGGCCAAGCGUGGCCUACUCACGCCUGCAGGAGCCAAGGUGGUCGCCGGCCUGAUUCUCAACUACACGCUGCCAGCACUGCUCUUUGCCAAGAUGCUAACAUGUGUCAGUCCGGACAAUGCUGAAGAGCUGGGAUUUGUCGCAAUGAUAGCGGUGUUUUACAUUGCCAUGGGUGCUGUGUUUGGAUUUCUGAUCCAGAGAACCAAGUUGGUUCCCAAGAGGCUCUACUGGGGCAUCGUUGCAGCCACAAUGUUCACGAACUUUGGUGACCUACCGAUUUCUAUCAUUUUGGCUGUAUCAGAUCACCCACCGUUCCUGGUGGGCGAUGGCGCGCAAGGCACAGCUUACUCGAGCGUGUUCAUCUCUGUCUUUUACCUGUUCCUCUUCCCCUUGGGCGGGUACCGUCUAAUCCGGUACGAUCAUGUCAAGGAAUCUAAACGUUUGAGGAACUUGACGGCUUCACUCCAAGAGCACGAGUGCGUACAAUCUUCGCCUGAUUCAAGCGGCUUCGCGCUAUCGGGCGACGUCAUACCCUCAAGUCCUAGACAGUCUCCACGACAACAGAACCGGCGCCGUUUCUCAUCUCCUGGCGAACACACCCAGCAACAAGAGAGCGGAGUGCAGUCUUCGUUCUCGGCAACGUCAACGAUGAUCAGCAUGGACUACAUCUCGGAAGACAAUGCCAAAGAGUUGAGGUACCGACCGUAUGACCAAGAGCUGGCUCAUUCUCCAACAUUGCAUUCGCCACAGGACCGAUAUGAAGGACCGCUAUCAUCGAGAGAGACCAAUCCAUUCGUGCAGAACUCGUAUAUAAGCAGUAGUAGCGGUCGCGGUAGCAACAAUGAUCAACCUCUGCCAUCAUGCCCGCUGCAGCUCCUCAAAUCCUCUGAGACUCAGCAGAGGUACAGUGUUGAGAGCAUAGCGAGCAGUGGCACGGGCAUGACACGCUUCUCGGCAGGAAAACAAUCCCAGAGAUCACCCCUGAGUAACGGAUAUCGACCCCCGCUACUGCAGCAACCUAGCGGUAGUUCAGGAUCCUCAAACUCAUCGCGAUCCAAUACAUUGGCCCCAACUAGUACAGUUUUACCUUCUGCGCACGUAAGUGACCACAAACCUCCAACUCCGGAACCUACGAUCGCUAUCGGAAGUACGGCUUCCAACGUUGCAGAACCUAUGGCGGCGGUGCCGUUGCCAGACCCACUGCCCAAAGUUCCACCGGCCCUCCAGAACGCACACAUGUCUAAUCGCUCAAAAGUCCACUGGUUCUGGCGGGUCUUUCACUUGACACGCGAGUACCUCACCCCUCCGACGAUCGGCCUCAUACUCGGUCUCCUAAUGGCACUCACGCCCCUCCGAGCACUCUUCGUCUCAACCCCAAACCCUCUCCCCUCCCCGGAUGAGCUUCCUCCAUUGAGCUUCAUCCUCGAGAUCACACUCAUGCUCGGAGGGUGCUGCGUUCCCUUGGGCUUGACAGUGUUGGGUGCAUCUCUAUCACGCCUGAAGCCCGGGCGGAUGCGGCCGCUGGUGCCGGCGUUGACGAUGAUCACGGUAGUGAAGUUGGUGGUGAUGCCGUUGAUUGGGAUCGUGACCGUCCAGAUGUUGUUGGUAAAGCAGUGGAGAUGGGUCAGUGCUGAGAACCAUAUGUUACAGUUCACGCUGAUGCUGAUGUCGGGGUCGCCGACGAGCAUUACGUGCUUUGUGUUAGCCCAGGUGUGGGAUCGGAGGACGAAUAAUGCGGGGGCGGAGAUGGCGGCAUUGAUUGCGGUGCAGUAUGCGGCCGCGACGGUGGUCUUGACGGUUGAGUGUGCUUUUAUGAUGUAUUUCCUGUUUUGA